AUGUCAUCUCCAAAUUUAACAGCGAAAGUAGGUGAUACUCACGAGGUAAAGUCAACUGUUGAAGAGAAACACUUGGCAAACAUUGUGGGCAGUGGUGACAUUGAGGUGUUUUCAACACCAUCUAUGAUUGCUCUCAUGGAGAAAGCAUCUGUAGAUUGCAUCAAAGAUAAAAUGGGUGCAGAUUGGAGUUCUGUUGGCACUUCAGUUAAUAUUGCACAUUUAGCAGCCACUCCUCUAAGUCUAGAGGUAUCGGCAGUUGCUACAAUUACUGCAAUAGACGGAAAGAAAGUGUCAUUCAAAGUUGAAGCAAGUGAUGCCACUGGUAAAAUUGGUGAAGGUACACAUGAACGUUUUAUUGUACAAAGAGAUAGAUUCAAACAAAGAACUUAUGAAAAGUUAGAAAAGAAGUAA